AUGAACGCCUGGCUCAAUGACCCUGCGACGGCAAAUAUUCCACCUGACAAUGGCUCCUUUAGCAACGCGACCAUUGACCCGUCAAUGGCGUUCCUCCAAUCGCCGAAUCCCUCCGAUUCCGGCCAAUUCCAACGCAUGUUCAAUGGUGCUUCCAGGAACAUGUCGCCUGGCUUCCAUAACCCUAAUCCUGUAAUUCCAUCCAAGCGUGCUCGCCCGGAUGAUGGCUUCUCCAUGUCCCCAAGACUGGCGCCUGGCGCUCUUCCUGGGUCUCGUUCACAAACCCCCCACCAGGCACCCUUCUCCAGUUACCCAGACCCGGCCAAUGGUAAUCCGCAAUUCUCGCAACCACAGGCCCCGACGCCCUAUCAGCACCUUCAGACCGGCUCCAACAACCCCAGCCCUUCCCCUAUUUUGCAGGACUUCGACCCACAGAUUUCGCAGAGAGUUCAUACAGCUUCUCCAAGCCCCUUCUCACCAGCUGGAUUGCAUGUCUCAUCUCAAAUAUCGCCCACUCAAUCGGAUCACGGUAGUCGAGUGAACACUCCGCAAACCAGCACCUUUGGGCAGUCACUACCGUACGCGCCGCCGCCAAACCAGCAGUUUUCUCCACAAGCCCCCAUAACGACAGCAGGCGUUCACCCUGCGAUGCAAGCGCAAUAUGCCCAGAACAAUGCGGCUGCGAUGCAAAAUUAUGCAGCUCAGCAAAUUAACUCACAGCAGAGAAUGUAUCAAAUGCAGUUUCCGAACCAAGCACGCCAAUUCCAAUCUCCUAACCCGUCCACCCCCGGCAGACCCAUCAUCGCUGGUGCUAAUCCAGCAAACAACAACCAAGCCGCUGCAGUCAGACAAAUGCAUCAAAAUAUGGCAAAACCCACGAACCCAGAAGGAUUUUUGCGUGGAUUGCAGAGGUUCAUGUCAACGCGGGGACUUCCUUUAGAUCUUAACCCUAUAGUUUGCGGACGGCCAUUACAUUUGAUGCAACUCUACGCCACUGUUAUACGGCUUGGUGGCUCAAAGAAGCUUUCCGCGACCAACGGGUGGAUAUCAAUCGCCCAACAACUGCAUAUGACUCAAUUUCCUACAGCUCCUCGAGAAAUCAAAGAAGUGUACAUACGGAACUUGGCACCCUACGAGCAAGCCUGGCUCACUACGCAGCAAAAGCAAGUUAGCGACCCAUCGCAGAUGGCUGCCCAACGUAUCGUAGAUCCUUCUGCAACUCAACAGCACAUGACACCUUCCAAGGCUGGGCCACACCAGUCCUUCGACCUGAGUUCACAGCUCCACAAUGCGGGCCAACCGUCCAUGCAGCAACCAAACAAUAUUCAACCAAUGCAGAUGAAUGGCUUUGCUGUCGGUGCACAAGGCAAGCCGCUCCCAAAACAACAGUCGCCUCUCGGACACCAGCAUCGGUCGAGCCUUUCACGCCCGCCUGAGUCGGCCUCGCCAAAUGGUGCCAUACCUCCAUUUUCCCCUGGUGCAUCCCUGUCAGGAAAUAAACAGCCCUCACCUGUUGCCCCAAGAAAGCCAGGGGAGGAUUGUGGUUCCAUUCGACGACCCCUGGAAGACACGUUUAAGCCAGCGGUGUUGCCGGAAAGCAAUUUCCAUGGUCCAGUUGUAGUUGACGAUGCUUUCCAGGUUGGAGAGGAACUCAUUCGACUUAAACCUAGCGUCCCAACAUUUGGAGAACUCGGAGUAAUUGAUAUUCAUGCACUCACAAUGAGCCUCAAGUCAGGUAUUCAUGCAGAGAUGCGGGUAGCGCUGGACACUCUCAUCCAGAUCUCGUAUGAGUCUGCAGUACAGCUUUCGCUAGAUAAUUGUGACGAUUUAGCGGAGGCCUUGGUAGACUGUGCUGAGGACCAACUCGAUCUCCUCGCAGACAAUGCUGCAGAGGUCUCUGAUAUCAUGAUGCUUCCAUCAUACGAGGAGAUUGUUCGUGGAUGCAGACAAGAAAUGGAAACGCUAGUCGACGUUCCAGAAUUUGGGAGCCUUGACUAUGACCUUGAUCGUGCUGUGGAUCGCUUGAUUUGCGUUACCACGUUGCUUAGAAAUUUCUCUUUCGCCGAGUCUAAUUUUCACCCGCUUGCAAUGCCCCCUGUUAUCAAGUUUCUUGCUACCGCAGUGCGGUAUCUGGGAACCAGACAUAUGCUUCUGCGAACAAACCAGAAUACCCUCGAUUUUAUGAAGGACGUCGUUAUUUUCUUGAGCAACAUUUCCCAUUCCGUACACCUUCCUGGCAAGGAGGAGACUCUCUCCCUAUUACACUUUUUGAUUUCCUUUGCUCCAAACUCGUCCUCGUUUGGUCCCGAUGGUUUUAUGUUUACUUCGUACGAUCCAAGUAUUCAUCGGUACCUUCCGGCUGCCGUCGAUAGUCUUGCCAAGCUCCUUGCGCGCGACGACCCCAAUAGGAAUCAUUUCAGGAGUAUCUUCAUUCACGAUCAAGUGCCUUCUUCCAAUGACCUUCUAACCAAGGCAUUCUCAUUGGCCAUCGCCCCAAUACCAGAGCACACGAAAGGAAAUGUUAUCUCGCUAGCUGAUAUUCGAAAGCCAUUCCUAAUGCAGGGCUUGCUCUGCGGAGAGAUUUUAGCUGGUUUUACUGACAGUGACCUUGCGUAUUCCUGGUUCAAGUCCUCCGAUGGUUUCGCAGUCAGUCUUCUGCGCCUCGCUUGCCUACUCAGCGCCGAUCGGAAUGCGCCAGGUGGUCGACAUGGGCCGCCUGGUCGUGUGGAUGCGGACCUGUACUGGCACAGCACGGUUGGCCACCGUGCACUGAUGAUCCUGAGCCGGCUAGCUGAUAAGGCAAGGAAGCUUAACGGGGUGUUCACCAAUCCUCAAGGUGUGUUUCCGAAGAAGGAGAAUCUCCUUGGUGCUCUUCUCACACCCAAUAUCGAUCCGAUUGUUGUUCGCCAAUUGUGUGAAUAUGCUGUCUUAGGCAGUUGA